AUGAAUAAGUUUACUCUUAGUUUUGAAGAUUUAGCUUUAGAGAAGGAGUUCUUUUGGUGGUCAUACAAUCGCGACUAUUUUAUAAUAAAAGUGUUACUAGGAAGCAUAGCAUUACUUGUUUAGUUCCCUUCUAUUAUUAUUUCUAUUAACAGAGGAGAUAAUUUAGUGGCCAUGGGCUGGGGAGUUUUAAUGGUUAUUUCUUUAGUAGCUCUUGUUUCAAUUAAAUACAAACCUUUGUCAUACAAUAUGUUCCUCUCUUUAUAUCAUCUGCUGAUAAUGUUUGUUAAUAUUUAUUAUUUAUACAUUUUGAACAGUGAUAUUUCUAAUAAAUAUGGAGCUCAUAUUCUUUUUGUAUAUGCACUUGCACAUGGGACAAGCCACAGUACAGUAGUUAUGCUUGGAACAAAUUUUUUAUUAAACUCAAUGUGUAUGGUUACUGCUUACUUAGUAUACGCAAUUACAUUUCUAGACUAUGGAUUUACAACAUUUCACCUAUUUUUGAUUGUUAUUUCUUUAUUUACUAUUUUUGGAAAGUAUAUGAGAGAUCGCUCAUAAAGAGAGAUGUUCCUAAUGAGAGAGAGAGAAACUAAGUGGCUGAAUAUUAUGAAAAAAGCCUUACCUUCAAGCAUAAUCUUAGUAUAAUAUAAUGAAAAAUUAGACAAAAUCGAUUUAGAUUUAGUUAACCAAAAUGCGAAAAAUUGCUUCUAGUUUAACAACAACGAAAGUUUUAGUGAAUUUUCAAGGAAGAUGCAACUUGAAAAAUACAUAAAUUUUGAUUUAACGCUAUCAAAUAGCAAUAUUGAGAAAUUUAUAAAUGUAGAUUUAGUUAAUUAAUAAAUAAAUAAUUCUAGUCUAUAGUAAUAUAUCAGUUCAAAAUUUAGGGAGAUUUCAAAAGAUAAAAAGAUCAAUCAAGGCAAGUCGCCUAUUCUAAUUUAGAAUCUUAAGUAGAUAAAAAGCAAGUCAAAUAAUGAAGGAUAAGAAAAAGUGGAUCAGUCAAAUUCUCUUAGCAAUUUUUCUAAAUAACUGACAUAGAAUUAAUAAAAUUUUAUUAACCAACCUUCUAAUUUUUUUUAAACCAACGAUCAACGUGAAUUAUAUAUGAAAACACCUCAAAAAAUAUCAAAUUCCUUUAAGAAAACUAAUUCUGAACAAGAAAAGCAGAGCGCUAAAGGAAAAUCAUAAAAUUCAACUUUUGGGGUUCUAAAUAAAAAGAAAAAAAAUGCAAACAGUAACAAUUUUAGUUCUGAUAAAGAAAGCAUUUUGAUAGAAACAUUCGUAGGACUUUACAAAUCAAGCGAUGAUUAACAACUCAGAAGAUAUAAAGUUAAAGUUAUUCACUAUAAUGUUGGAUAGUACUUUUGCUUAAUAGUAAUUGAAGAUGAAUCUGAUGAAGAGAAAAUAUAAUUUUUGAAAAAGUAAAAUAGAGGAGCAGAGUAGAUCGUUUAGAAAUUUAUCGAUAAUACAGGAAAAAAUAUGUAUAAAAUUACAGAGUAGCUAAGAGACAAUUAAUUGAAGGAAAUUAUUUUCAAAAAAAAUCCUAUUUUUUUGAAGACUUUAAAGUAUGAGUCUUCAAUUCUCUACAACAGCAUUUACAAUAUAAGAAGUCACUUCCUAUGGGCUAAGUAAAAGGUUAGAACGAAAUGUCAGUAGUUUUCUAUUUAGGCAGUUUUAGAUGAAAUAUAUGAUACUUUUUCAGGAAACCCUAAAGCAUUAGAGAAAAAAAUUAAAUUUUUUAUAAGCAAAGACAAUUUAUCAAAAGAUAACUAAAAUCAAUUGAAUUUUUUGCAUUCCGAUUUAACUUUAAUUAAAUAACUUUUUUACAGCCUAAUAUAAAAUUCAUUUGAAAAUACAGAUAAAGGCUACAUUGUUUUGAAAUUAACUGAAAUACCUGGAGAAAAUGAGCUCUCUACCAUUAUCAAAGUAGAAGUAACAGACUCUGGAAGAGGCUUUGAAAAUAUACUUGAAUAAAUAAACUAACUUCUUAAUGUACAAAAUCCUCAAUUUAGUGAAUAAUAUUAUGGGUCUAUCUGUUUUGGACUUAAAAAUAGUCAAAGGAUUGUCAGAGUAUUAGGACCUUAUUCAAAGCUCUUUAUCUUCACAAGAAAUGGAAAGGGCAGCAAAAUAUGCUUCUAUAUUUACUAGAACAUGAGUGUUUUUUCAUAAAGCAAUAAUCACAUUUAAUUCUAAAAUUAGUUAUUUUAGCAGGACUUAGAUACUUUAAAAAAUUAAUAUAAAAAUGAAUAGAAAAUGAUAUUAAAUAAAGAAUAAUAAGAUGAAGAAAGUUCAUUUUUGGGAUUUGAAAAUGUAACUCAAAUCAAUAUAAAAGAACUGGAAGAAGACAGAGAUAACUUGAGAUAAAAUGAGAUUAAAUAAAUUACUAAAGAAGAAUUUGAAUAUAAUAAUAUUAGUGAUAUUAGGAUUGAGGAAAACCAUAAAUCUAGUUUUGGAAACAUUGUUAACUAAUCAAAAUUAUAAAUAAUUCAGUCUCCAACAAAAAAAUUUUUGCAAAAUCUUUCAAGUAACUUAAAUCAGCAGGAUUAAGAAGAGUCCUAUUUUCCUUUUAUUAAUCAAAUCUUUUAAAAUAGCUUAAAAAAUUCUAAUAACACAAAUUACAGUACAAGCAACACAUAAAUUAACAUUAAAAAUUAAAAAGAAAUCGAAGAUAGAAAAAGGCACUACUCUCUGUAGGAAGAUAAUAUUUUCUAAUAAAACAAAGAAAGAUCUUCUUCAAUUUUUAAAAAAUUAAACAAUGAGUCAAAUUUUGGUAUUAUUAUUUAAAAUGACUCAAAUAACUAGAAUUAAAACAGUUUUAACCCUUAUUUGAAUAAUUCAGGCUUAGAUUAUGUUAAAUUUUCAAUUAAAAACUAGGAUGAUUAAAAAGCAUAUCAUUUUAAUAGUCCUACUCAAAGCAAAUAAUUUAUUAAUAUAGCCAAGGAAUGUAAAUUUUAACCAAGUUAAUCACCAAAUUAAUUUAAGACAACUAAAACCUUUGGAAGUGAAAAAAGUUUGAACUAAAAAUGA